AUGUUUCCUUCCACAUCUCUCUUCGAUGAAAUAGAUUGUCCCCUUUUUCGAUGGGGACGAUGCAAGCGGCCUUAUUGUGUGUACAAUCACGGCAACGACAAUUCGUCUGGGGUGAUGACUUCAACAGAUCCCAAAGUGACUCUUACCAAUGGAGCUUCUCACACCACUGAGGACAAUUAUGCUUGUCUUGAGGAACUGGAGAGGAUCAACAAAGAAAUAGAGGCAGUAAGGAGUGAGGUGGAAAAAGAACAAAAAAGACUGUCACAGUAUCAGACAUCGCACACCCUCACACAGACAGAUAAUGCAGGUCUUCGCUCUGAGAAAUAUUUAAGAACCACCAACAAUCAGGCUAAAGAUCAGAAUGGAAACCAUUUGAAAUACAAAAAGUCUGUUUCCUCAAACAGUGGUUGUAAGUAUGUGGUUGAUCGUGCCAGACCCAAGACUGAUUUGGAAUAUGACCCUUGUUCCAAUUUCUCUGCAGACUUGCUAUCCAGCAGCUCGGUAGACUGUAAGUUAAAGUCAACUGAUAAAGUGGAUAUUGAACAUUGCCUGAAGAAUGACCGAACAGGAAAAAAUGUUCAGCAUAUGUCCUCUCAUUUUGACAACUCUGAUGAUGAAGGUACCUUGGUCAUUGAUAUUCCACCAUCAAAUAAUCAGGGAAAACGUAGGCCCAAACAGAAAGGCAAGAGUACAAUGAUUAAACCACUGUAUUCACUUGAGGGGAAUUGUGCAGCUAAUAAUGGCCAAACAAAACCCAGGCAGCACAAAGAAAAGGUUUCUUCUGAUGGAAUUCCAAGUCAUGAAAUUAAACAUAUUGUUAGUGGCCAGGAGAAAGAAAGGACCUCGGCGAAACCUGUGAUAACUCAGGAACAAGAGUCUUCUGAGGGGGAACUUGUCAUUGAUGUGUCACCUAUUGAAGAUGAACACAAGCUUUCAAAGCAGUGUGGAACUAUAACCAAGGAACUACUUGACUCACCCAAAGUAUGUCCUAUUAGCAAUGCCCCAGCUGAGGAUGGUAAUGAGGCUAAUGAAGGGCCCUUAAAUAAACAGGUAACAAUUGCAAAGCACUCUGUAAAAGAAACCAAACCUUUUCUGGAGGAUCUAAGAGAAGAACCUGUGACUGAACCAAUUAACUUUACAAAUCUCAAAAUGGAAGCUUUUGUUACACAAAAAGAGCAAAACGUCCUGGAUGACAUUUCCACGUGUCUAGACAAUCUGAGAAGUGAGAGUGAGCGGAUCAAAUGCAUUCAAGAUGUUACGAUUUUUCCUGUUUAUGGAGAUGAAGAUAUUUCCUCACAAUCUCCUGCGAGUGUAGGACAAAAUUCAACUUUUAGGGCAGAACCACAAAUUGACUGCAUCUCAAGUUAUACUCAAAAGUCAGAAAUUGUAUCUUCUAAGAUCCUCUCCCAAGAGCAAGCACAUCAGCGGUACUUCCCCAUGGUCUCGUCUCAGUCCUUUCCUUCAUCCUUACAUAAGGUAGAAGAGCAUGGAUGUGGUCCACUCUCUCAAAGCCUGGCUGAAACAUCUUGGCCAACUAUUCAAAAAAGUCCCGUCAAUACGUUUGCUCAGAACAUACCUGCAUAUGUUUCAGAGAUUGACACCAGAACUCUUUCAGCACCAUCAACUAGUCAACUCACCCUGAAACCAACUGUGGCCUUUGAAAGAUUUCCUACAUCAGAUGCAUCAUUCCCUGUUCCCUGUGACAUGCCUCUUCUUCCACAGACCUUUGCAUCUGCAGCGAUGACAGGAAGUAAUAAUGAAGCCAUUGUAGUUGACUCUAGUUCUGAUGAGGAGCUCAGGUAUUCAGACCUAGAUCUUUCAGAAACUGACCCAAUGGAAGAGUGCUACAGAAUCUUCAUGGAAGCCAACCAAAAUGAAGCUCCUGUUGUUCAGUGUGAUCCAUCUGAAGAAGUAUUAGAGAGCCAAGAAACUGAGAUCAAGUCCAAUCCAACAGCUGUGCUGAAGAAAAGGGUGGCACAUGUGGCGAGGUUUGAGCCAUCAAGUACAAGUAAAAGCAAAGCACAGAUUAUUGUCCCUCUUCGAGAGGGAGGCUCCCAUUUGACCGUUCCCUCCAGAACUCAAUUAUGCCAAAGAAGAGCAGCCAUUUUGACUACUGCCAUAAAAGGGUGUCAGUCCCAAGUCACAAGUAGUGCUCCAAAAAAAGUUUAUAUACCCAAUGUCAUUCAUUCAAGCACCGUGCAAAACCCCUUUAAUAGUCUUGGUAUCUUUCCGGUUGGUGCUGCUGUACAGCUGGGGACAAAUCUGCACUUCAUCGUACCUGAAGGAAAUUGUGCUUUACCUCUGACACUGAUUCCAACCACAAUGUCCGUCCAACGGACACCUCAGCCUUGCCCAUCUGUUCAGUUUUCACAAACUCCACAUCCUCCACAACCAGCCAACUACACACCAGCUAAGGCAAUGGGCAUCAAAAGAAAGGCAAAAGUACAUCACGAGGUUGGGGCAAAGGUACCACAUGAUGUCCGUCAACGUUAUGUGAAUCUCUUUGUGGAGGAGUUCCUGAGAUCAUCUGUGACGGUGCAAGAUGCAUUUGAGAAGGCUCUGGCAGAAGAAAAAAUAGUUUAUGACCGCAGUAUCAAUAAGCUCAAGUAUCUAAGCAUAGCCGUCAAUGCACUUAAGAGACUUAAAAACCAAAACGUCUUGCCUGCCAAAGCUCCCAGUGACAGAGAUCAGCAUGUGUCUAGAGGCAAUGUACCACUAAAUACUCAAGCACUUCAGGGAUCCGGUGAUUUGACACUUUAUGAGCAACUGAAGGAGCAUGUUCUGUCUGAGGACAUGUUGCAAGUAAACAACUUCCCUCGUAAACAUCAGGAUAAAGCUGACUUUGCCAUCCAGUAUGGAGAUACCAAGAAGGGGAUAAGCGACCCUUUAAAGAGAAUCUGCUGUCGAUGUGGAGCGACGUUCUCUGUUGACAAAAGUGGAAAGCACAUCCGCAGAGAGGAGUGUAACUACCAUUAUGGAAAAGUCAUAGAGAAUCGAGUGCCGGGAGGUGUUGAGACACGCUACAGUUGUUGUGAGAAUGCAGUUGGGUCACCUGGAUGCCAAGUGUUCAAUCUUCAUGUCCAUGAUGCAGUAAGUCUUUGGGGCUUUGUUAGCAGUCUCCCUCAAUCUUCGGAGGGAAAAACAUGUCCAGGAGUCUUUGCUGUUGACACACAAACAUGCUACACGACUCAAGGUCUGGAACUAGCAAGAGUGACUGUAGUCAACAGCAGUUUGCAAGUCAUCUUUGACUCCUUUGUCAAGCCUGGUAAUGAUGUCAUUGACUAUAACACCAGAUUCUCAGGCAUCAGUGAGGAUGAUGUGAAAGGUACCAGCUCAUCUUUGCGCGAUGUACAAGCAGUGCUUUUGAGCUUUAUUAAUGCGGACACGAUUCUGAUUGGCCAUGGCUUGGAGAAUGACUUAGCUUCUCUCAAAAUUAUUCACAACAAUGUGAUUGACACGUCAGUGGUGUUUCCCCAUCGUCUGGGUCUGCCACACAAAAGAGAACUUAACAGUCUGACUGCAGACUACAUCCGGAGAAUUAUCCAAGAGAGUGUGGCGGGUCAUGAUACACGCGAGAAUGCCACUGCAUGCAUGGAGCUCAUGCUUUGGAGGGUGAAAGAAGACUCCAAAGUGAAGAGAUGGUGACUUUCAAUAAAGUUUAUUCGUUUUUCUUUCAUUCAGGCCAUGCACCAGUGUAUUUGGUGCUUUUGCUUGCAUAUAAACUCAUGUGGAGUGUUGGGUAUUCACUGAUUAUUUUUGUUUAAUUAUUAUAUAAAUAGGUAUAUGAUACAUUU